AAACUCUGCAAAGUGAGAAAGAUCUUUGUGGGCACAAAAGGAAUCCCUCAUCUGGUGACUCAUGAUGUCCGCACCAUCCGCUACCCCAAUCCCCUCAUCAAGGUGAAUGAUACCAUUCAGAUCGAUUUGGAGACUGGCAAGAUUACUGAUUUCAUCAAGUUCGACACUGGUAACCUGUGUAUGGUGACUGGAGGUGCUAACCUGGGAAGAAUUGGUGUGAUCACCAACAGAGAGGGGCACCCUGGAUAUUUUGACGUGGUUCACGUGAAAGAUGCCAAUGGCAACAGCUUUGCCACUCGACUUUCCAACAUUUUUGUUAUUGGCAAGGGCAACAAACCAUGGAUUUCUCUUCCCCGAGGAAAGGGUAUCUGCCUCACCAUUGCUGAAGAGAGAGACAAAAGACUGGCGGCCAAACAGAGCAGUGGGUGAAAUGGGUCCUUGGGUGACAUGUCAGAUCUUUGUACAUAAUUAAAAAUACUGUGGCAGGAUUAAUAAAA